AUGAAUCUAGUUAUGACACGAGGGUAUCGAACUCAAAACUGCCUGUUUGUUGUAGCUGUCUUCAAUGUGUACGACGAGAAUGGCUCGGGCUGCAUCUCUACGGAACAUAUUCCCGAGAUUUUGGACAAACUCGGACGUGAUGCGACAGAAGAACUGCUGAACGAACUGGACGACUGCGCCGGUGAUAGCGGCGUUAUCAACUUCGAAGACUUUUUAUCACUCAUCCAGAACCACAUGCUACGACAGCAACAACAGGAGGCAGGAGGCGCAAGCGGCGAUGGACUUCGAGCUGGUCCAGAUCCAAAAGUCAUGGAGUUCAUCACAAUCCUGGAAGAGUAUCGUCUCAAGUGUGAAGAAGACGGCAACUACCUGGAAGCACAGCGUGCAGACACACAGCUAACAGCACUGCGUAGACAGGAAUUCAAACGACAAUCCAAGUCGCUCAAGGCGCGUCAAAUCGCCGAGCGUCAGGACGUCCAGAUCGCGCAUAACAUGCAGUUUAACGACUUCAAUCAAGCCUGGGAUCAGUACAUGGAAGAAUACGACCGCAUGGCUCAAGCAUACGUGAAGCAAAUGACCGAGAAACACACAGUCGACCUCGCAGCGUUCCAAGAUAAGCUACAGCAGGAAAUCCUCGAACGUCCUCCAAAAUUCUCCAAGGAGUUGAUCGAGUGGCGUCGUCGACAGCAUCGUCUAGCACAACAAAAAAGCUACACGGAGGCGCAGAAGAUUAAGCAGAUUGCAGAUGAGGUCGAAGCUGACGAACGCUCCAGAAUGGGCGACGAGUUACGUGGUGCUUUUGCACGUAAAGAGGCAAAGCUACGUCAACAUCAACAAGCAGAGCUGGCAGCGCUGUUGAAACGCAUCGACGGUCGACGCAAAGAGCAUUUAAAACAGCGCAAUCUCGACUCCAAACGGUUGCUACAGCGCAAUCGCAACGUGCAGUCUGUUCUGGAAUCCAAGCAGGUAGCUGAAGCUACCAAGAGGAUUCAGGAUAUCAAGAUCAAGACCAUCAUUCUUGCGCAUCACCAUUUUUUCGUCCAAUCGCGGUGUGGUAUUAUACAAGCUAGCGAUACCGCCAGCAGCUCCAAGAUGGACAUCGGUCGUGUGCUGCUGCGAGACGUGCAUUACGUGUGGCGUGAGCGUGUGGCUGUUCUGGAGAAGGAUGCGGUGGUGCUGCAAGCUCCGUCCUCAGCCUGGCAAGCUGCAGCUUCUGUUAUCACGCGCUCUUCCAAGAAGACGAAGCAGAAGACCAAACCCAAACUGACCAAGCAGCGCAGCAAACCAAAGGCGCCACCGCCUGCUGAGAUGCUGCCGCUGGACGGAUCUUUAAGCUGCGAAGGGAUCGUGGUGUCCUCUGCUCAUAUGCACUCAGUGCGGCUACAAGACCUUCGCUAUGGUCGCGAGUUCCUCGUCGAUGCCACAUCCAAAGGGAAGAAGCAGAUGUGGAUCGAUCUCUUCGCUAGUGCUCGAAGCAGAGCGAAUAUCAGCAGUAAUUGGCGUGGAGAGCUGUUGCUGAUGGAUACAGAGGAGAACGGAGAAGAGGUGGGACAGGUACGGGCUCUGACGCUGCUUGACAUGCAGCAAGCCGUGGAGAUGCUGGUGGCUGCUACUGAGAGCGACACGGACGCCGCAAUUGUUCGAGGCGACGCGGAGGAGAAUCAACAGCAGGAAAGCGGACUGUGUCGUGGCCACUUGUUGUGGGUACACGAUAGUGCAUUCCAACAGCUUCUCGCACACUUUGAUCAGCAAGAGGAAGGCAUUUCAGGGACAGAUGGGGUUCAAGCACUAUUACGAUUUGGAGCGUACAGUGUUCCAACUGCAUUCGCGCUGGCGAACGAGCUCUUGAGUCACGAGUUCAUUGUGGAAUGCUCUUCCAGUGACGAUAGAAGUUCUGGUCUCUCGUUUCAGAUGAACACAACGGCCAGAUACAAGAAAGUGUGUGCAGAAACCUCAAACAAUGGCGUCGUAGAUGCCGAACAGCGUCGGGCUGUUGUUUCCCAUGAACGAGCGACACGAUCGCUGGAAGAUCGACGUCGACUGGAACAGCAAGUGCAGAAACUCAAGCACAAGUACAUGCGGCUCCUCAACUUAUUCUGCUUGUGCUGUGUGCUCGUGCUUGUUGACGCUCUCGUCGCCUCCGUGCUCUUACCGGGUCCACUUAAACUCAGUCUUGUGACAGGACUGUUAUUAUGGCUGACCUUGAGUGGCGGGACGGCUACUCUUUCUAUCAACUUCCAGCCACGGAAUCACGAAGAAGAACUGGACCAAGCUUCUCAAGAUAUACGCGACAUGAACCCCAAGACAUCUGAUCUUCUGCAAACCCAGUUUUCCUCUCCAGAUUGGAGCCCAAUCGCUAAUCUUUCGUCCACCAACUACUCCACGAAUAGACGAGCAACAGACGUCAUGCAAGAUUCCAUGGAUCGCGCAGUGAUCACGCUGACACGAGCUGAAGAAGCCGAAGUGCAUUCGUUCCGUCUGGCGAUCGCACAAGCUGCAUCCGUGCAUAUUGACGCGACCCGUGUGUUUGCGGAUGAAUACCUUUUCAGUGUCCUACACGUGAAAAACCGUGCUUUUGCCCACGCGGUGACGAAAAUGGCUCGUAUAAUCGAGUGGCGACACACGUAUCAAGUGGAUUCGAUCACGUGGGAUGACGUGAAGUCACAGUUGGCGUCAGGGAACAUGUAUUGGUAUGGCUACGAUUUCCAGAAUCGCCCGAUUCUAUGGGUUCGUGCGAUGCUAAAAGACUGGAAUACGAUGGCAAGUCGACGUGAAGCGGAGCUAACUUCCCCGAUCGAAUUGGGCUCGUCCAUGCUGGUCCGCUGA